AUGGAUUGUACAAAAAGCAUGAAAUCUCAUAUCGAUAAAGCAAAAGAAGAUAUCCAUCUUUUAACCGAAAUGAUACCGAAUUUAUUUAAAGUUCAGCCAUGCUUAGCAUUUGUUGGAUAUCGAGAUGUAAACAGUUCUAGUCCGCAAUGUCUCAAAAUGGACUUUACGAAAAACGUUGAUUUAUUUGAACAGUUUCUUGGCAAUGUUCAAGCUGUAGGUGGUUCUGAUAAUGACUUUUGCGAAGACGUUUUUGGUGGUUUGGAAGUCAUUCCAACUCUUCUUUGGACGAGUGCGAAUCGUAUUUUAAUUCACAUUUGUGACGCUCCUUGUCAUGGCAGACAAUAUUAUGAUGCAAAGCUUCAACAGCGUCAGGGUACUAAAUGGGAUGCAUUUCCAGACGGAGAUCCAAAAAAUCGUGAUAUAGCAAAACUCUUAUUAGACAUCAAAUCUUUAGAUAUCCAUUACUUUUCUAUUCAAUUAAAACCAAGAAAAACACGCAAAAUGUUCGACGAAUUUCGGCUCAUUUACGGCUUGAUAUCUGAAUUAGAUGUGGCGAAUCCCAGUGAGAUGAUGAACGUUGUAACGAAAAUGGCCAGCAGCAUAAUCAUGAGUAGUAUUGAAAAUACGAUGUCAAUAUUUCGUACGACUGACGAAAGGAAAGUUUACACUCUAUCAAAUCAAAUGCCUGAAUGGUCAACUCUUGCCGAACAGAUGGUUAAUAUAAUCGAAGUAAUAAUGCCAAGACAGUUGGAUGAUAUUUUUCAGCGGCUAUUAAUCGGAACCGCGGAAGGCGCUAUGAAAAUAGCACCCGGACCGUUUGCUCGAGGUUCAUUGAGAUAUGCUUAUUAUGGUAAAUUUUCAGCGGACGGCUCGAUCGCAAUUGACGUAGUUUAUAAAGAACUUAUAAAUUCCAAUCAUCGAUAUAAUACUAUGCAAGUAUAUAAGCAACAUUUGGAGAUACAUGUGAUAGCACAAUUUUUAGCCGAAAUGUUCAACGCGGAACAAAAACGAAUAUUUCGUCAUCCCCGAGAAAUUAUUUAUGCAGAAGCGAAUAUUGUUCAGCAAAAGAAUGAUCCGACAAAAAUUUUUCAAGUCGAAGCUCGUUUGCACCAAAAAAUUCAAAAGUGGAAUAACAAUAGUGGUGGAGUAUCCAUGGAAGAUUAUGCAAGUACACUUCAAUCAUUCUCCCAUUGGACAUAUCAAUAUACGUGCGGACGGCUGAUGGUCGUAGAUCUGCAAGGUGUUAAGACUCAAGACAAUGGAUAUCUACUGACAGAUCCUGCUAUACAUUUUCAAAAUCUUAAUCGCUAUAGAGAAGCACGAACCAAUUUGGGCACGAAGGGCAUGCGUGAAUUUUUCCGCACGCAUAUUUGUACUGAAGUAUGCGAAAAGUUAGAGUUGGACAAAGUAGAAAAUAAUAUUGAUGAAGAGACAUUCAAGCGAUUCUACAUAUCGGAUGAUGGCGAGUUGGAACUAGUAAAAACAGUGACUGAUGAUUAUGAUUGA